UACAAACCCUUUUCCUCGUCUUAUAACCUUGCUUCCCACAAACCCUAGCCGCCAGAUACCCGUGCAGCCCUCUUCCCCGCCGCUUCUUCUCUCGCCCGCCGCCAACCUCUGGGCUGAUCCCCGCGCCUUGAGCCAAGAUGUAUCUCCAGUACUACAUCAACGAGAAGGGCAUCAAGGUGUACACCACCAAGAAGGAAUCCCCUCUCGGUGUGCCGACGCAGUCUGCCCACCCAGCUCGUUUCUCCCCGGAUGACAAGUACGCCCGUCAGCGUUACCUGUUGAAGAAGAGGUUUGGAUUGCUGCCAACCCAGCAGCCAGCACAAAAGUACUGAAGCACUGAAUGGGUCCUCCUAAGAGAUCUGUUUACUUUGGUGAAUGCUGUUUGGAGUGUAGAUUAGCCAUGUGAAGAGAGAACCAUUACUGCUACUUAUCUUGCUCAUUAUUGCAGUACCUCUGAAUGUAAUGCUAUGAUAUUAUGGAUCGUACUCUUAUGUACUAUGUGCUCUCUGUGUGACUUUCA